AUGGAACCAGAGCCGUCUACCUCGCGUCCAUUCAAGGAGUUUGUUUCUCCGCGGAAGAAAAGAAAAAUGUCACACUUUAGUGUAUCUGAGAAGCAACAACGACCAAUAUAUUACUUGGAUGAAACUUGGGUGAAUGCGGGGCACACUGUUGGCAAGGUGUGGGAAGACACUACAGUGCAGUCACGAAAACAAGCAUUUUUGGAGGGUUUGUCGACGGGUGCCAAGAAUCCUACUUUCAAAGGCAACCGGCUAAUUAUUUUACAUAUAGGAGGUGAACAAGGAUUCGUGCCAGAAUCGGAAUUGGUGUUUGAAUGCAAAGGUACAGGCGAUUAUCACGAAUCGAUGAAUGCAGCCAAGUUCGAACAUUGGUUUCAAGCAAUGCUACCGAGACUUGAGCCAAACGCAGUGGUUGUCAUGGAUAAUGCCAGCUACCACUCAAGACGCCAGGAAAAAAUCCCAGUUACUAGUUGGAAAAAAAUAGAUAUUCAAGAAUGGCUUUCAUCAAAGCAAAUUUCUUUUGAGGCAAAGGAAACAAAAGUCCAGCUCUUGAAAAAGGUGAAAGAUGUCAAGAUUCAGUACCAAUCGUACGUGGUCGAUGAGCUGGCAAAAGCAGUUGGUGUGGAGGUAUUGAGAUUACCUCCGUACCAUUGCGAAUUGAACCCCAUCGAACUAGUGUGGGCAGACGUCAAGGGGUAUGUGGCCCGAAAAAAUACAACAUUUAAGAUGGCAGAUGUUAAAAAGCUGCUCCAGCAGGCUUUAGGCAACAUUUCAGCAGAAAAAUGGCAAAAUUGCAUCAGUCACGUAAAAAAAGAGGAAUCGAAAUUAGCUAGACUAGAUGAUAAUGUAGACAAAACUGUUGAUUCUUUUGUGAUAAAUGUGACAGGCGAGACGUCUUCGGAAAGCAGUUACUCCGAUACAGAGGAAUCGGAUUCUGAUUUAUGA